UCUCUUCUAUUCUGCGGUGGACUGGAGUUGAAGGGGAAGCAUUUGCCAGUAAAUUAAUAGCCUUCAAAGCGUCCAUGCCAUGGUCAGGGAGAAAUUACUCGAUCGAAAUCACGAUCGCAUUUGGUCAUAAAGAACCAGAUGACCAAACCCGCCACUUAUUCCUCCAGAAUUUCCACCGACAUCCCUCUCUUCGAGUCCUGUUCGAGUCCCCUGAGUGUUCAAGAGGAAAGAUGGGCUGUGAACAAGUAUGCCUUUUCUUCUUUCUCUUCCUUUGUCAACUCACAUGCUUACAUGCCCAACUCUGCACUCAACAACAGACCUCUGUGCUAUUGCAAUUUAAACGAAAUUUUUCCUUCAUUCAAUCUGCUUCUCGAUGUGGUGAUGCUUAUUAUCCAAAGAUGGAGUCUUGGAAAAAGGGUUCUGAUUGUUGUUCGUGGGAUGGGGUCGAUUGUGACAACACGACGGGUCAAGUAAUUGGACUCGACCUCAGCUGCAGCUGGCUCAAAGGUAUCAUCCACCCUAAUAGCAGCCUCUUCUUCUCCUUUCCCCACCUUCAAAACCUCAACCUCGCUUACAAUGAUUUUUCCAUGUCUCCCAUCUCACCUGAAUUCACUCGGUUCACCGAAUUGACACACCUCAAUCUCUCUGUGUGUGGUUUUUCGGGCAAAGUCCCAACUGGAGUCUCCUUCCUUAACAAACUAGAGUCGCUUGAUCUCUCUUUCAAUUAUGACUUGAGAUUGGAAGAAGGCGGGUUCGAGUUACUCAUUCAAAAUUUAUCCAAGUUAAGACAUCUUGAUCUUGGCGAUGUAAACAUGUCUUCUUCAGUGGUUCCAAAUUUUUUGCUCAAUUUGACUUCUUUAAGAACCCUCCAUCUCCGCUACUCAGGAUUACAUGGAAAAUUCCCUAGCGGAAUCUUUCAUUUACCUCAUCUACAGGUGCUGGAUGUGGGGUACAAUGAUGCUCUCACGGGUUAUUUACCCGAUUUCAUGAAUUUGAGCUAUCCUCUCUCGAUCUUAAUUCUCUCACACACAGAUUUUUCUGGAGAAUUGCCCGACUCAAUUGCUAAUCUGAAGUCAUUGGAGGUAUUGUCACUCUCUACUUGCCAUUUUCAUGGGUCCCUUCCUACUUCUCUCUGGAACCUUACACAAAUCAGUAUUUUAGAGCUCCAAUCCAAUAAUUUCAGUGGUAUCCUCCCAUCUUCAAUUUCGAACCUUAGAAAUCUCUCUUACUUAUACCUUUCAGACAAUAAUUUCACUGGUCCCUUCUUUUCAUGGGAUGCAAACUUGACAGAACUUUUCAUCUUAGAUGUGUCAAUUAAUAGUCUCACUGGUCCUCUUCCUUCACAAGUAAUUGUACCUCCAAAGCUAUGCUUUUUGAGCAUCUACCAAAACUUGAUUAACGGUACAAUACCAUCUUGGGUCUUUGAAUUACCCGCACUCGGGUACAUAGAUCUCAGCUAUAACAAACUGAUUGGUCGUACACUUGAGUUUCAGUCUGCUUCGUUGGGGAUUAUUGAUUUGAGCUAUAAUGACCUACAUGGUACGGUUCCAAAUUCAACUUUUGAACUGCAAAAGCUUACCCACCUGAUACUUUCUUCUAAUAGAUUUUCUGGCACCAUUCCUGAACCAAAUAGAUUCAGCGAAUAUCUCAUUAUGCUCGAACUACAAAAGAAUAACUUCUCUGGAACCAUUCAUGAUUCAUUUUCCAUGAGAAAUCACUUGAAAACUGUCAAUCUUAAUAGCAAUGGGUUUGAAGGGCCAAUACCAAAGUCUCUGGUUAAUUGUACAAACCUGGAAGUGCUAGAUCUCGGAAGAAACAAGUACGUUGACAAAUUUCCACAUUGGUUGGGAAAUUUACAGAACUUGCAAGUCCUAAUCUUGCGAUCUAACAAAUUCUAUGGAUCCAUCCUGACUUCUGAGACCAAAUUUCCCUUCCCCAUGUUGCGAGUUGUUGAUAUGUCAAACAAUCAUUUCACUGGUCCAUUGCCCAUAAAGUACUUCAAAAGUUUCCAAGCGAUGAUGAAUUUUGAUGAGAAUUUUGAUUUGGGGUACAUGCAAACUAAUGGUUUUGUAAAUCCUUAUUAUGAUUCUGUGUCUAUAGUGAUCAAAGGAUCGACCAUUGAACUGAAAAAAAUACUUAAAAUUUUCACCGCCAUUGAUUUAUCAAGGAACAAGUUCCAGGGGGAGAUUCCUGGGAUCAUCGGUGGGCUAAAUACAAUUCGAGGACUCAACUUAUCACACAACAACCUUACUGGUUAUAUACCCAAGUCACUUGGUAAUUUGACGGAGCUUCAAUGGUUAGACCUCUCAUCAAACAAGCUCACUGGGGAGAUUCCCCAACAACUAACAAAUUCACUCUAUCUUGGAGCUCUUAACCUUUCGAAGAAUCGUCUAACGGGGCCUAUACCUCGAGGCAAACAAUUCAAUACAUUUUCGCAUGCUUCUUACAUCAACAACAAGGAGUUAUGCGGACCUCCAUUGUCGAAUGCAUGCGGCGAUCCUAAGGCAAUACAGUCACCAACCUCACUACAAUCCACUUCUCGAGUAGGCAAUACUGCUGGAGCCAUUGCUGGAGUUGCUGCUGGAAUUGCCUUACUGUUUGCUGCCCUUGUAAUCGCACUCUAUUAUUGGCGACAAAGGAAACUACCAGAUCAUUUCUUCGAUAUACCUGCUGAAGAGGAUCUGGAUGUUCAUCUAGAACAGCUCAAGAGAUUUUCCCUGCCUGAACUACAAAUUGCGACAAACUAUUUUAAUAACAAAAAUAUUAUAGGUAGGGGUGGAUCCGGUAAGGUCUACAAAGGACGAUUGGCUGAUGGCUCUCUUGUGGCAGUAAAAAGACUAAAAGAGGAGCAUACUCAUGGUCGGGAGCUGCAAUUUCAAACUGAAGUAGAAUUGAUCAGCAUGGCUGAUCAUCGAAAUCUUCUACGCCUUCGUGGAUAUUGCAUGACAUCAACCGAACGGGUUCUUGUCUAUCCCUAUAUGGCUAACGGAAGUGUCGCAUCAUGUUUAAGAGAGCGACCCGAUUCGCAAGCCCCACUUGAUUGGCCGAGAAGAAAGCACAUUGCGUUGGGAGCCGCAAGAGGCCUUGCGUAUUUGCACGAUCAUUGUGACCCCAAGAUCAUUCAUCGUGAUGUCAAAGUUGCAAAUAUAUUGUUGGAUGAGGAGUUUGAAGCAGUUGUUGGAGACUUUGGGUUGGCUAAACUAAUGGAUUACAAGGAUACUCAUGUUACCACAGCUGUACGUGGCACAAUGGGUCAUAUUGCCCCUGAGUAUCUCUCCACUGGAAAGUCUUCAGAGAAAACUGAUGUCUUUGGUUACGGGGUCAUGCUUCUUGAACUCAUCACUGGACAGAGCGCUUUUGAUCUUGCUCGGCUCGGUGAUCAUGAUGUCAUGUUGCUCGAUCUGGUAAAAGGACUUCUGAACGAAAAGAAGUUCGAAAUGCUAGUUGACCCGGAUAUGCAGGGUAAUUAUGUCCAUGAAGAGGUGGAAGAACUUAUCCAGAUGGUAUUGCUUUGCACACAGGAAUCCCCUAACGAACGUCCCAAGAUGUCAGAAGUUGUCAGAAUGCUCGAAGGUGAUGGCUUGGCAGAGAGGUGGGAAGCAUGGCAGAAAGAGGAGGUGUUCCGCCUAGAGUUUAGCAAUACCUUACACGCAACUGCUAAUUGGAUCGUUGCUGAUUCGACUUCCAACCUCCGCCCAGUUGAAUUGUCUGGUCCGAGAUGACCCUUCAUGUUUUUGCUAUCGCCUAUUGCCACAUAGGCAAUUCUCUUUGUUUUGGUAAUAUCUUUAUGGAUAUGAUUCCCUUCCCUUCACUUCUGCUUUUUUUCUUUUUUUCUCGUUAUCAUUUUGUAUAUACAACAAUUUUCAGGCGGUGGAGGCACUGAAUACCUUACUUCAGUAAAAUCAAGUAGACUCUGCACACUAA